AGGACGAGGGAGCAAGAGGAAGAAGGAGGAGAAACAGAGAAGAGGAAAGGGACCAAAAUGUCACCACUGUCAACACUGUGACAAAUCCUUCACAACAUCUGGACAUUUAAAUCUUCAUCAGAGAGUUCACACUGGAGAGAAUCUACACAGCUGUGAUCUAUGUGGUAAAACCUUUUGUAGGAGGGGUAACCUAGUAGUCCACCGACGUGCUCACACCAGAGAGAAACCGUACCGGUGUGAACAAUGUGGGAAAACCUUUACUAAUAGUAGUAGCUUUAAAUCUCACCAGCGCACCCACACUGGAGAGAAGCCGUACAGCUGUGAUCUAUGUGGUAAAACCUUUUCUAGGAGGGAUAGCCUAGUAGUCCACCAACAUGUUCACACCGGAGAGAAACCGUACCGGUGUGAACAGUGUGGCAAAACCUUUACUAAUAAAACUGGCUUUAAAUCUCACCAGCGCAGACACGGUGCAGAGAAGCCGUACAGCUGUGAUCUAUGUGGGGCAGCUUUCAAACGACAGAACAACCUAAAAUCACAUCAACGCGUUCACACUGGAGAGAAUCUACAUAGCUGUGAUCUAUGUGGUAAAACCUUUUCUAGGAGGGGUAGCCUAGUAGUCCACCAACAUGUUCACACCGGAGAGAAACCGUCUCAGCUCGCCCCCACAGGGGUCAGACCGUUCUCUUAA